UACAUUCUUAUAUUCUAGCCCCCUGAAGAUCCAGAUCUUAUUUAUGUUACUUCAGUAUAGUAAGAGGAAGAGCUACAAUGUUUGUCCAGUAACUACUGCUUACUGCCAGCCUUUGAAGAACCAUACUGCUCUGAUUUAUCCCGGCCGCUGUUAUAUCAUGUGCGGUUGCAUGUUGUUUUGAACAAAUUUGGUACUUAAGAUUUUGUAAGACUUCUGGUGCAAUACUUGACGCACUGUGAGUUGGAGAAGCGAAAGCUGCUGAAGAAUGGAGCAGAUGGUAUAACGUUUUGAUUUUAAUAGAUAUUUGAAGCUACAGUCAUGAUUUUUGAAGAUUUCCAGCUCGAGAUCAGCGUGCUUGUGCUGUGUUUCCGAUGAAGUACAUCCUGGUAACCGGUGGUGUCAUCUCAGGCAUUGGCAAAGGGAUCAUUGCGAGCAGCAUUGGCACCAUACUGAAAUCAUGUGGUCUGCGUGUCACUGCAAUCAAAAUUGAUCCUUACAUAAACAUAGAUGCUGGAACCUUUUCACCAUAUGAACAUGGGGAAGUUUUUGUAUUGAAUGAUGGUGGAGAAGUUGACUUAGAUUUGGGAAAUUAUGAGAGAUUUUUGGACAUCAAUCUCUAUAAAGAUAACAACAUCACCACUGGAAAGAUAUAUCAACAUGUCAUUAAUAAAGAACGACAUGGUGAUUACUUGGGAAAAACCGUUCAAGUUGUUCCGCACAUCACUGAUGCAGUUCAGGAAUGGGUAAUGAAUCAGGCAAAAGUUCCAGUGGAUGAUGACAGAGAAGAGCCACAAAUUUGCGUAAUUGAGCUGGGUGGAACCAUUGGAGAUAUUGAAGGAAUGCCAUUUGUUGAAGCAUUUAGACAGUUUCAGUUCAAAGCAAAAAGAGAGAACUUCUGUAAUAUCCAUGUUAGUCUAGUACCACAGCCUAAUGCCACUGGUGAACAGAAGACAAAACCAACACAGAACAGUGUUCGAGCACUGAGGGGUCUAGGCUUGUCUCCAGACCUGAUUGUCUGCAGAAGUGCAAAACCUAUAGAAAUGGCAGUGAAGGAAAAGAUUUCCAUGUUUUGCCACGUGGAGCCUGAACAGGUGAUAUUUAUCCAUGAUGUUUCUUCCACUUACCGAGUACCAAUCCUAUUGGAAGAGCAAGGCAUCAUUAAGUAUUUUAAACAGAGGUUAAAUUUACCUAUUGAUGACCAGCCAAGUGAUCUUCUAAUGAAAUGGAAGAAAAUGGCUGACAGAUAUGAAAGGUUGCUGAAGGUGUGUUCCAUAGCUCUCGUUGGCAAGUACACAAAACUAAGUGAUUGCUAUGCAUCUGUUUUCAAGGCUCUGGAACACUCUGCGCUGGCAAUUAAUCACAAACUGGAUUUAAUGUACAUAGAUUCAACGGAACUUGAACGUUCUACUGAAGUGGAGAACUCUGUGAAAUACCACCAGGCAUGGCAUAAACUGUGCAAAGCAGAUGGAAUUCUGGUCCCAGGAGGGUUUGGAAUUAGGGGAACAGAAGGCAAACUCCAAGCCAUCUCCUGGGCAAGAACAAAGAAAAAACCUUUUCUUGGAGUUUGCCUGGGAAUGCAGUUAGCAGUUGUGGAAUUUGCAAGAAACUGUUUGAACUGGAAAGAUGCAAAUUCUACAGAAUUUGACUCAGACACAAAAACCCCUGUUGUUAUUGACAUGCCAGAACACAAUCCUGGAGAUAUGGGUGGAACAAUGAGACUGGGGAAGAGGAGGACUGUUUUCAAAACACAAAAUUCUGUUUUAAGGAAACUUUAUGGUGAUGAAACAUUUGUAGAGGAGCGACACAGGCAUCGAUAUGAGGUGAACCCGGAAUUGACUCACUGCUUUGAAGAGAAAGGUUUGAAAUUUGUUGGCCAUGAUACGGAAGGGAACAGAAUGGAAAUUAUUGAACUGGAGAAUCACCCAUAUUUUGUGGGAGUUCAGUUCCACCCAGAGUUUUCCUCAAGACCUAUGAAACCUUCUCCUCCAUACCUUGGACUGUUGCUUGCAGCAACUGGGACACUCAAUGCAUACCUGCAACGUGGAUGUAAAUUGUCUCCAAGGCACGCAGCACCAGCAAACUGUGGAAUGAAUGUACAGGAGCCACGCAAAAACAAAUUGAACAUACUGUUCAGUGACAGCUACAGUGACCUCAGUGAUGACAGCUCUCCGGAAAAAGAGUUUCCUAAUUCAGAAACAAGCUGAAAUGAUUCUGUGAGAACACAGAAAUGGAUGAGGCUAUAGAGAAAGUUGGGAAGAGGACAAUAUUGAAUAGAAGAAAGUAGAAGAGAAAGCAGCUUAUGGUCCUCAUAGUGUCUCCUCCUAUACUGUUUUCAAUAAUUCUCUUUACAGAUGACAAUUUCACUGUCCUGUAGCAAAAACUGUUCUGUAUAAAUGCUGUUUCUCUUUAAAAAUGACAAAAUGGUUGUGCACCUUAGCUGUUAAUCUUUAUUGACCUUGUCCCAUAUUUCAGAAUGAUCUCAGGUGAAUAUGUAUUAAUUCACUAGCUCACAACUGUUCUUGAUUUGAAGGAAGAUUUGAUUGUUUUCAGUUCGCCUUAGAACAGGAAGAUAAAAUGCAUUAGUUCCUGUGAAAGAGCGGGAAUGCACUAAACAAUUUAAGGGAAAAUUGGCUUAUCCAUGAGCAGUAGAGAACUGUUUCAGGUUGGUUUCCCUGUUAAGCUUGUUGUAUAUAUGUAUUUUUUUUACUGUUUUGCUGUUCAAUAUGUACAAAUAAGAAAUUGUUGCUGUAUUUCA